GGUUCUUUUCUCUAAGUCGUUCUUCCCUUUGCAGCUCUUUCCUUUCUCCUUUUCUCUUCUAUCUGCGCUCCGUUUCUGGCAUUUUCUUCUAGAUUUCGCUUAAGAAACCCUAGGUUUUGGACGGCAGUAUGUCCGGCAAAGGAGCGAAAGGCUUGAUUACUGGCAAAUCCACGCUUAACAACAAAGACAAGGACAAGAAGAAGCCUGUCUCUCGCUCCUCUCGCGCUGGUCUCCAGUUUCCUGUGGGGAGGGUUCAUCGGUUAUUGAAGACCAGGGUUUCAGCAAAUGGAAGGGUUGGGGCCACAGCUGCUGUUUAUACAGCAGCUAUAUUGGAGUAUCUUACUGCAGAAGUAUUGGAGUUGGCAGGGAAUGCGAGCAAGGAUCUGAAGGUAAAACGUAUAACACCAAGGCAUUUACAGCUUGCCAUACGGGGGGACGAAGAACUCGACACCCUCAUCAAAGGAACCAUUGCUGGAGGUGGAGUUAUUCCUCACAUUCACAAAUCCCUCAUCAACAAAUCAUCUAAGGAGUAGUCUCCCAUUGAUUUGUGUUGUAACCUAAAGGCUGAUUUAAAAAAAGAAAAAUUGUAUGAGAAACAUUGAUAAGCGAGGAACCCAAUUGUGCUCUGACAAUCCUUUUCGGUAGUUAAGAGGACUUGAAUGUUCUUCGAAAAGGCAUUUUAGUUAUUUGUGAUUCCCCAUUUACUCUUAUAUAUGAGUGUAGGCUAGAACGUUAUCGCCA